UCCGUGCAGGAGGCGGGGGGGAUGGUCACCUGACACAGGACUGUGACCAGCUGGGUAAACAUGGCGUCUGUGUCUGGACCGAGAUGACAUGUAGCGGUCCUGUGUGUAAGCGACACCUCGGAGGAGGAGCAGGACGCGAGACAAGACGAGGCUCAGGAGGAGAGAAGCUCUUCACUGAUGCUGCUCCAUGUUGAAUCGUCUCCGUGCUCAGCGGGAAGAAGCUGAUUCCUGCCCGGACCCUGUGAUUGGCGCAGAUCAUUCCUUUUGUUAACGCUGCCUCCAGUUCAUGUGGAGGGGCUAUACUUGUAUCCAGUCUGACAAAUAUCGAGGAUCCUGCCCUGGGGACCGGCUCCUGCUGGGAUCAGACUGGGGCCCACCCUGCUCUGCUGUGGGACCCUCUUUUUAAACGAUAUGAGAGCAGGAUGAUCAAUGUGUCUGUUGCUCUCUGACAGCUGGGUUAUGACUGUGAGUGGUGCUGCAGCGUGUGUUGUGUUUCUCAUGCCUUCCUCCACAACACCACGAUGAUCGGCUCACCUGACGUGGUGGCUUUCACUAAAGAGGAUGAGUUCGGCCAGAACAGCCCGGACCCCUGGGCUCUCCCUGAGGAGUUCUCCGUCCCCCUCCAUCCUUUGGGUGACUCCAACCCCUGGGCCAAAACCUCCUUCGCCAAGUUCACCAAAGACUUCAUCCUCAUCUCGGAGUUCUCCGAGCAGGUGGGCCCUCAGCCGCUCCUCACCAUCCCACCCGACCCCAAGGUGUGCGGCACGUUCGAUCUCAACUACUUCUCCCUGCGCAUCAUGUCAGUGGACUACCAGGCCUCCUUCGUGGGGCAUCCCCCAGGCAGUGGCUACCCAAGGCUCAGCUUUGUGGAGGACUCCAGGGUGGUCCUGGGCGACUCGAAGGAGGGGGCGUUCGCUUACGUCCAUCACCUCACGCUGUACGACCUGGAGGCGAGGGGCUUUGUGCGCCCGUUCUGCAUGGCGUACGUGUCGGCCGACGAGAGGAAGAUCAUGCUGCAGUUUCAGGAGAUGUCACUCCGCUUCCUGCAGGCGUCCGAGUGUCUGAAGGCUGGGAACAGGAGAGCCUUCGCCAAAGAGCUGCAGAGGAAGCUCCAGGACCUGGAGUACACUCACUCUGUGUUGCAGAAGGAGGAGGGCCUGCAGAGGGAGGCGGGGCCUCAGUGCAUGUACUCCGCUCACGCCGUAGACAAAGCCAAUGAGCUCGCUAACGUUGAGAAGAGCAUCUACGAACACAGGGACCUGCUGAGGCAGAUCAGCUCCUUCCACUGCCGCCCGCGCAGAGACCCGCACGCUGUCACCUGUCCCAAGUGUAUGACACAGUGCUUGAGUGAGUGUGAAACGCUUUUGGAAAAAUACGCCAAGCUUGCCAACCCCUUCUGUUACACGGACAAAGAAAAGAAGAGGGACGAAGGGCAGGGUCCAAUCAAUGAUGAAGCAGGAAAAGAGGGAGUGGUGGAGGAUGACGAAGAGGGCGUUAAACGAAGGCCGUCUUACACACCACAGCUGAUCAAAGCUCGGUCCGCCAAGUGUUUCGACAAGCGGCUGAAGACCAUGCAGGAGCUGUGUGAUGACACUUUCUACGAGGCCACCAUGGGGCUCCUGAAGGAGACGGAGAGGAGUUUCCGUGGCGACCUAUGUUACCUUCACACACGCCGCCUGGACAAGUCUUUACGCAGGAGACAGAUAAUUACCAACUUCCUGUUUGAGGAGGACCUGGGUGAUGAUGCUGAGGAUGAGGAGGGGGUACCAAGACCAUUCUGUGCCGUGAACCAUGCUGUCAACAACUUUACACUCUUAAAUCCUCCUCCUCCAAUUGUGCUGGGACCAGAACCUCUAGAGUUGGACUCACUGGCGCCCCCAGAUCCCCGAGACCCAACUUCUGAGACCAGCCAUACUCAGGAGAGUGAGCUCGGGCUUGGGGAGAGUCAUCUGGAUUCCUCCCCCUCAGACCAGACUCUGGAGACCCAGGAGAGCUCCGAAGGGACCAAAGGAAGCUUUAGCAGCGAUAAGAGCGGGAAGGGCCCGGCAGAAAAGCAGCAAGGCCUUGCUAGUGUUAGGUCUGAACCUCCCGAUCCUGAUCCUGAUCCUGAUUCUGACUUGACCCCUGACCACAACACUGACCUGGAGAGGGAGAGCAGCAGUGAAGAUAUGGAAACCACUGCAGGGGAGGAUGAGGGUGAGAACGGGGGAGACGACACACCAGUGUCCUUGCUGGAAGUGGUGUCUGAGCUGGAGGCCAGCAGGGAGGACGACUGUGAGAGAGCAAGUGAAAUUGAGUCUGACUUGUUGGUUCCAAUCGAAACAGCAUGCUGUAUGUCUCAAGAGGGUUUCCUUUAUGAGGCAUCUGCCCCAGAAAAGAACCAUCAUGAGGACCAAAGCUCCCACCAUCAGUCCUCUCCAGCCGCGGUGGUCAACCAGGAGCCUCAAUCCCUCCCCCUUCUCCAGGACUAUUACGCCGUGGGCUCUCUGUGCUCGGAAAACAAAGCAUCUGGGCUGGAGCUGCCCGUGGGGCUCCUUGGAGAUGCAGUCUCCCGUACGUCAGCAGAGGACGGCUCAGACUGCACCAUGAGUGCUUCAACCGGGUCAGAUCGUGCAGCCUCACCUCUCGGCUACGGGGCGUCGAUGACCCUGCGUCACAGGAAGAAGGCUGGACAGGGAGCCCUGAGGUUUGUGCGACAGUAUCCCUUUGCCAUUCAAGCUCUGUGGUGCCUGCUGAGUGGCAGAACCCUGGUGGUGCUCGGGGCAGAUGAGGGGAGGGUCCGACGGUUGGUUGCUGCUCUGGCCCUCUUCGUUCCCGGCCCUGGGAAGUGCAGCGAGAGGGUUCAAGCCUGGCUCUCCUGUCCUUUCACCCUUACUGACCUGCAGAGGUGGAAACUCAUUGGUUUGCAAAGAGUGGCGUCCCCUGUUGGUUCCAGCAUGCUUUACUCGCUGUCCCGCUACAGUCGCUAUAUCUCCAUCCUCGAUGCCGACCAGAAGACCUUGCGCUGCCCGCCGUAUCGCGGCCAGCUGCUCGCCAACAUAGCCGAUCAUCGCACCUACAUCCGCCGCGGCUCCACCUACUUCCUCCAUGUACAGAGCACCCUCUGCCGCCUGGCUGCCAAAGCCUUCCUGUUUACUUUCACCCACCACCUCCACCUGCCGGUCAGCUCCACGGAGGGACCCCAGGUCGUGGAGGGCCGGCGCCGGUGCUUCCUGCAGGAGCAGCUGGGGCUGAGCGAGGAGGACAGCCAGAUACUGCUGUGCCUCAGCCAGCUCGUCGCUCAGCAGUACCUACAGCCCGCCACCGGGAGCAGCGCACUCGCACCUUGUUUUAGUUUUAACUACACCACAAGCGUUUUAUACAAAAUCUAAUUCCCUUCUGGGAAAAAGGAUUUUCAUGCAGGUUUUAGCAGAAAUUAUCUGUGACUAUAGUUUUUAAUGGACCAAAGGUGAUUGUUACAAGGUCUAAAGUUAUUUAAGUUUCAGGAAAAUCUGCACUGACUUUUAUUUUUCUCUGCCUUGCUGUGUUUGUCUUUGCUCUGGCUCUCUCCUCUGUGUGCAGGGGAAAGGGGAAUCAGAGUGAGUGUUUACUUUGGUUCAGAGCAGGUUCACACACAAAAACAUGUCCAUGACAAACAAGUGUCUGCUCUACCCUUUGAGCUUGUUGGGGGGGGUUCCCCUUCCGUGUUUAUGUGCUUGUCUGAGGUCAGGGACACUUUUUUACUGUGUAUGUGUGAGUGUAUGUUUUCUUUUACAAAAUUUAAACCAACAUGGCUGUCUGUGUAUUUAAAGUGCUUCCCUGACCUCAGCCAGCUCAGUAACAGGUUCAAUCACAGCUCUGCGUUAACACCCAUCAACCACUGAGCAGUUUGUCAGCGAUGACUUCAUCUCAGCUACAUGUAAACAUGUUUUUCAGGAAAACUGUGACAUUUUGUGUGGUGAACAGACGUCCCUGUCAAAUCUGUCCAUGACAUGGUUUGUUACAGCUGGUUUGUGACACGCCUCUCUACCUACCACCACAAAGCUUCCAAAGGCCAAAGCUUUUCUGAAGCCGACACUCGUCAUAUUUCUGUCUCACUCGACCUUACUUUCUUUUUUUCUCUUUCGUGAAUGAAUUGGAACACAUAUCUCUGCAGUCGUGGUUGAAUGUCUGUUUUGUUUCCAGGAGAAUUGAUGUUUUAACCGGAGUAGAUUUGACCUUUGAGAGCAUGAAGUAAGCGUUCCCAGAGGCUGCUUUCGGGUUGUGAUGCAUGAGGAAGUGUAUUCGCCGUGUGAAUUGGAGCCAGUCGGCUUCCACGUGAUGUUGCAUGUCCAGAGAAAAACUGUCAUCGCGCACAUACUCACCAAUGUAAGGCCAGCGGCAGCCAAAACCUGUCCAUGUUCACUGCUGACGAGCAUCUUCAUGGAUAUUACUCAAACGGUCAGUGGCAUUUUAAAGCUACUUAACCUAAAUGUAUUGAAAUUCACUGUUGUCUUAAAGUUGUGUGCGAGUGUUGUGGUGUCAGCAUGAGACUGUCUUGUGUUGGGGUGAACCACCGUGUUGAAGAUAUUUCUGUUUUUGUUACAUUUGAACGAACUGACUCGGACGAGAUGCUGAACACAUUGAGAUGUUUGCUGGGAGUGACGGUGACGUUGUGUUUGUAUAGAUUUUAUGAAUUUCCUGUGCCAUCAAAAGCAAAACUCUGAAGUUUGACACUUUAUUUAGGACAGUAGUGGCCUAUGAUUUUUAUCCCAGCGACCCUUGCUGGAUGUGUGCUAUGAACAAAAGGUUCUAUUAUUUAUUGCUUCAGGACCACAAUUGAAUCAUUAUGCUGAGAAUUUCUGUUUUGGAUUAAGCUGAAGAAAUGCAAAAGAAAAAAUAAAUCUCUGAAGUUCUGUCAGUUCGGCCAGUGAAAUCGCACUGUUAGUAUUUUAGAUUUUCCUGUUCCUAAUUCUGUGGCGUCGGCGUUGGAGCUUUGAUUCUGUAUCUAAGGUGGUAACUGUACUUGUGACUGCAUGGUCAGAGUUUUAAUGUGAAAGGUCAAACAAUGUGGGAUCAUGGCUGCUGUCCUUCCUGCUACGAUUUAAAAAAAAUGUUUUUAAGGCAAAUGCUUUAAACUACUAAUGACAACCUCACUUUUAAUUGCACCUAAUGUUUUAUUUCCUUUACUUCAGGUUUCUGUCACAUGUGAUGUCUUUAUUUUUUUAAUGCUUCAGUUUUUCUGUUCGGACAUUACAACCUUUUUUUUAGCUAUUAUCCCUCUAAUGCAAAAAGGUGAAUGUAAUUUUAAUAAGCCAUACCGCAGUGUGCUUAACACGUCGUCACUCAGUGUCCUUAUGUUGCCAUAUCACAUCCACCUUUUGUAUCUCACCACGAAGCGGGCCACUGUUAACUCCAGCCCUGUUGCCAUUUACUUUAAUAAAGCACGUUGUGAAUGUC